CCAACGAGUCGUAGCUUGAUCAUUGCAAAAGAAGGAAGCAAAACAUAUUUUCAAAAUACAAAAGACGAUCGAUGUGUACAAGAACGGAUCAUUCAUUAUUGGAAUAUUGAAUCGAUAAGACAUAGUCGAAUAGACAAACAAAGAUUUUUUUUGUGAAAGCUUAAACUGUUUGAGGAUUUUUUUAAAAUAAAUUUUUAAAAGUUGGAAAAACAUUGAAGUGUGAAAAAAAGACGAAAGACUUUAAAGGAAAAAGUGUUUUUAAGAGAGACAUUUAGUGAAAUUAAAUAUAAAUUGAACUUGAAGUGCCACAUCAAAUAAUAUCAAGAAGGAAGUGCUACAGUUCGUUUUCUAAGCAUGCCUACCGAAUGCGAGGAGGCCAAUCCUUUGCAGCGAGAUUUGGCCGAUUCCAUUAUACUGAUGGUGCCGCUGGACGAUAUUCGCAUUCUGCUGGCUUGUGGAGCAAAGGUCAACGAACCGGUGACCCAAGGUCUUCGGGCUCUGCACUACGCAGUCUGGCAAAAACACACCGAAGCUGUACGAUUGUUGCUCGUCCGUGGUGCUGAUAUCAAUGCAACCGAUGACUGUGGGUACAGUGCCUUACAUUUGGCCGCCGAACAUGGUUAUCUGGAACUGACCCAAUUGUUAUUGGAUGCGGGCGCGAAAGUGGAUUAUCGGCAACCAACCGAUGAACUGUAUCCACGCACUACAUUGUGCGAUGAACCACUGCGUUUAGCGUUGAAGAACAGACAUUAUGAAGUUGCGAAACUAUUACUGGAAUACGGUGCUGAUCCGAACAAGCGAUAUUUCUUGGGCGCUGAAAUUAAUUUGGCUAAUGAUUCAGAAACUCUGGACCUAUUAUUGACAUACGGCGCUCAUACGGAAACUCGAGACAGAGCCGGCUUGACACCUCUAAUGAAAGCUGCCAGACAUAGCCAAGGAAUGGAACAGGUUCUACUACUGAUGAGCUAUGGUGCCGAUGUAAAUGCAAUGACUGAUGCUAGGAACGAUUAUCGUACCGUUUUACACUACGCCGUUUUGUCUGGAAACAUCAUCCUAGUCAAUUUGUUGUUGAAACAAGGCGCUAAAGUUGAUAAGAUCGCUCCAUUCCCUGAACCCGACAGACCGAGUCCACUAGAUUUAGCUAUUCUCCGAGGUGAUCCCGCUUUGGUCAGAAUACUUCUAGAAGCUGGGGCAAAUGUAACUCGUUGCAGUCCGAUCAUUGGUUCCCCAUUACACGUUGCCUGCGCGGACAAUAUACCACAUAGAGUCGAAAUUAUGAAGAUGUUACUCUCCUAUGGAUCCGAUCCAAAUCAACGCGUACAGGACGAAACCACAAACGCAAUUUUACGCCCCCCGCUAGCCGAAUUAUUGGCCAGCAACGAAAACACAAACUUCGAGGAAUUAAGACUUUUGCUGCGAUAUGGAGCACGUGUGGUUAUGAAGACACAAUUCCGAGAUCCGGAUGGUUUGUUGAACUACUUGGGAAAUGUUUCGGAGGCAAUGUUCCGUGCAUUGAUCGACACGGCUGAAGAAUUUGAUCCGUGCAUGAUUCGUCGAAAUAUUCACUUGACGGCCGAACAGAAACGCUUACUGCUGGAGAAGGCAGCAAGUCCUUUGUCGCUGAAAGCACAAAGUCGAACUGUGUUCCGCAAGAUGUUUGGCCGAAAUCUUCCAUCGUCCGUACCCGACCUAUUUAUCCCCGAAAUGCUGCGACGAUAUUUGCUGUUUGAACAUAGUUAAGGCCUUUCCCGAUGCGAUAAAAAUGAACAUGUUCCAGAAAGAAAAAGCCACUGCCCACAAGUGUGGUAGCGAACAUUUUUGUGAUAAUUUAACGUAACUCUAGAUAUUUAGACAACUCAAACUGAUAAAAAUGUCAACUAACCCACAUUACGAUACAUUUAAGACGAAUUUUUUUGUAUUUUUUAUAUUGAUGGAAACGAGAUUGAUAAAUUAGGCAGUGAAAUUUAUAGAUAGUGAGGGGAAGAGAACCAAGAUGCGCAACAAAUUGUAUAAUUCGACUGAACGAAAAUUAUUUCGAGAAUAAAGUUUUACUGAAAUUGAA